AUGAAGAGCUUUGUUCCUAACUAUAUCAGUGGCACGCAGAAUGAUCUGACAGCGGUGAUUGGGGGACUGGACUCCAAAACCUCCAUUCACAUUGCAAAUAUCUUGGAUAACUACAAGGUUCCACAGCUCAUCUAUGGCUCUGCGCCUGUCAUGAACUAUAAAACCCCAGGACUUUCCUUCUUCCAAAUGAGCCCUAUGGAGCGGCUUCAGUAUGAAGGGAUUCUAUCGUUGCUUCUCCACUUCAACUGGACAUGGAUUGGGGUUAUCGUGAUGGAAAAUGAUAAUGGAGAAAGAUUUCUAGAUAUGAUCAUUCCAUUAUUUUCUAAGCAUGGCAUUUGCUUUACAUUGACAGAGAGAAUUGCCCAGAUAGAGUCAGUUAAUGAAUUGUCUUCUGUAUUUGAACAAGGUGCAAAAUUACAUGAUAAAAUCAUGGAAAGCAAAAGCAAUGUUAUGAUUUUCUAUGGAGAGUCCAAUGCCUUGAUUUUCCUGAGAUGGAUACCAUAUAUGUCAAAAAAAGAACAUGAUGGAGAUGCAGCAAAAGGGAAAGUAUGGAUAUUGACAUCUCAGGCAGAACUUGUAUCAAAUGCCUAUCAAAAGGAUUGGGAUAUACAAAUAAUCCAUGGUGCUCUGUCCUUCACAAUUCACACCAACAGCCCACCAGGAUUUAAACCUUUUCUUGAAAGCAGAAAUCCUCUUAACCCAAAAGGCGAUGGCUUUAUCAUAGACUUCUGGCAACAGGCCUUCAAUUGUGUAUUUCCAGCCUCAGUGGUUGGCAAGGUGGUUGGAGAUCUGUGCACUGGGAGAGAGAAUAUGGAAAACCUUCCUAAAAUUGUUUUUGAAAUGGGCAUGAUUGGACACAGUUACAGCAUCUAUAAUGCUGUCUAUGCUGUGGCCUAUGCUUUACAUACCAUGAUGUCGUCUCGAUUUAGACAUAGAACAAGAGUAGAUGAAGGAAGCUUGAAUGUUCACAAUCAAGUUGCCUGGCAGGUGCAUCACUUCCUGAAAGGUCUUUCAUUUAAUAAUACUGCUGGGGAUGAGGUUUCUCUGGACUCCAGUGGAGAAUUACUAGCUGGUCUCGAUGUAAUGAACUGGAUUGUUUUUUCAAAUCAAUCAUUUGUUAGAGUAAAAAUUGGGAAGGUAGAUCCUAGAGAUCCCGCAGACCAAACUUUCACCAUUAAUAAAGAUGCCAUAACUUGGCAUAGCUGGUUUAACCAGUCUCAGCCUCUUUCAAUAUGCAGUGAGAGUUGCCGUCCUGGUUCCAGCAAGAAAGGGAAGGAAGGGGAGCCCUUUUGCUGCUAUGACUGCAUCCCGUGCCCAGAUGGGAAGAUUUCAGAGAAGGAGGCCUUCGUCCUUGGGAUCUUUGUGAAGAACCACAGCACUCCCAUCGUGGUCGCCAAUAACCGAGACCUCACCUACAUUCUCCUCACCUCCCUCCUGCUCUGCUUCCUGUCUGCACUCCUCUUCCUUGGCCGUCCCAAGAAGGGGAUAUGUCUCCUCCAACAACCUGCUUUUGGCGUCUCCUUCUCCAUGGCUGUGUCUUCUGUGUUGGCAAAAACUGUCACAGUGGUUCUGGCUUUCCUGGCCACCAAGCCAGGAUCCAGGAUGAGACUCUUCAUGGGAAAGAGACUCUCCAACGCCAUUGUCAUUUCCUGCUCUCUUAUUCAAACAGCCAUUUGUAUGUCAUGGCUGGCAAACUCUCCCCCCUUCCCAGACUUUGACAUGCACUCAGUGCUUGAAGAAAUUGUCCUGCAGUGUAACCAGGGAUCUGAGAUCAUGUUUUAUUCUGUCCUGACCUAUAUGGGUUUGUUGGCUGUUGUUAGUUUCAUCGUUGCGUUCUUGGCCAGGACGUUACCUGACACCUUCAAUGAAGCCAAGUUCAUCACUUUCAGCAUGCUGGUCUUCUGCAGUGUUUGGCUCUCCUUUGUUCCAACCUACUUGAGCGCUAAAGGAAAGUACAUGGUGGCUGUGGAAAUAUUUUCCAUCUUAACCUCUAGUGCUGGUCUGUUGGGCUGCAUCUUUUUCCCCAAAUGCUAUAUUAUUUUGAUCAAGCCCAACCUUAACACCAGGGAACACCUAAUGAAGAGAGAAAAGGAAUGA